CUCUUAUCUCGGCGCCCCGGGCCACCCCUCGGGGGCCCCGCCUCCCACAGCGCCGCCCCGGCCCGACGCUUGGGGCCGAGGGCGGACCCCUCCCUGGGUGGGGAACGCAGGACCGCCCAGGCCUGCGGGAGCUCGCCGGGAUGGGCCGCGUCCCAGCGCCGCGGGGCACCUGACGGGCCCAGCACCAGCCGGCGCGGCGCUCCCCGGGCCCCGCGCACGUGCGAGCACUGAGCUAGGUGCGCGAUUGCACACGCGCCCUCGGGCGGGCCCGAAUCGAACAGCCCGCCCGCCCGCGGCUCCCCUGCAGGCCGCCAGUUAGAGGGGAGCGGGGCCCGGGGCCGGUUCGCUGCCGCCCGCUCCGCCGCAGCCCCCUGUUCCGGCCGCCGAGGGAACGUGAUUCAUUGCUUUCCUCUUGGUGGAUGUGCGAGGACCUGGGCUAGAAGCAUGUGGCGUGUCCCACGAGGCUGGAGGGUAGGGUGCCUGGGCCCCUGGGGAGCCGAGGGGCGGAAGCGGCCCCCCAGCGUCCGCGCGCUGGCCAGCGUGGGCUCCCGGAGCGGGGACGAAUACAGUCACGUGGUGGUGGGUGCGGGCUCCGCGGGCUGCGUGCUGGCCCGGCGGCUCACCGAGGACCCCGACAAGCGCGUGCUGCUGCUGGAGGCCGGGCCCAAGGACGUGCUGGCGGGGAGCAAGCGGCUCUUGUGGAAGAUCCACAUGCCCGCGGCCCUUGUGGCCAACCUGUGCGAUGACAGGUACAACUGGUGCUACCACACGGAGCCGCAGCCGGGCCUCGACGGCCGGGUGCUAUACUGGCCGCGCGGCCGGGUCUGGGGGGGCUCGUCGUCGCUCAACGCCAUGGUCUACAUCCGCGGCCACGCGGAAGACUACAACCGCUGGCAGCGGGAAGGCGCCGCGGGCUGGGACUACGCGCACUGCCUGCCCUACUUCCGCAAGGCGCAGAGCCAUGAGCUGGGCGCCGGCACGUACCGCGGCGGCCAGGGCCCGCUGCACGUGUCCCGGGGCAGGACCAACCACCCGCUGCACCACGCCUUCCUGGAGGCGGCACAGCAGGCCGGCUACCCGCUCACCGAGGACAUGAACGGCUUCCAGCAAGAAGGCUUCGGAUGGAUGGACAUGACCAUCCACCAAGGCAAGCGCUGGAGCGCCGCGUGCGCGUACCUGCACCCGGCACUGGGCCGCCCCAACCUCAUGGCUGAGACGCAGACACUUGUGAGCAGGGUGCUGUUUGAGGGCACCCGCGCCGUGGGUGUGGAGUACAUCAAGAACGGCCAGAGCCACAGGGUUUACGCAGGCGCGGAGGUGAUUCUGAGCGGGGGAGCCAUCAACUCUCCACAGCUGCUCAUGCUCUCGGGCGUCGGCGAUGCAGAUGAUCUCCGCAAGCUGGGCAUCCCGGUGGUGUGCCACCUGCCCGGGGUGGGCCAGAACCUGCAAGACCACCUGGAGGUGUACAUCCAGCAGGCGUGCACCCGCCCCAUCACCCUGCACUCGGCCCAGAAGCCCUUGAGGAAAGUCCGGAUUGGUCUGGAGUGGCUCUGGAAGUUCACAGGGGAUGGGACCACGGCGCACCUGGAAACAGGUGGGUUCAUCCGGAGCCGGCCUGGGGUCCCCCACCCUGACAUCCAGUUCCAUUUCCUGCCGUCCCAAGUGAUAGACCAUGGCCGGGUCCCCACCCAGCAGGAGGCUUACCAGGUGCAUGUGGGGACCAUGCGGGGCACGAGUGUGGGAUGGCUUAAACUGAGAAGUGCCAACCCCCAGGACCACCCUGUGAUUCAGCCCAACUACCUGUCAACAGAAACCGACAUUAACGACUUGCGACAGUGUGUGAAGCUGACCAGAGAAAUUUUUGCCCAGAAAGCCCUGGCGCCGUUCCGGGGGAAGGAGCUCCAGCCAGGAAGCAACGUGCAGUCAGAUGAGGAGAUUGAUGCCUUCGUGAGGGCGAAGGCCGACAGCGCCUACCACCCCUCGUGCACCUGCAAGAUGGGCCAGCCCUCUGAUCCCAUGGCUGUGGUGGAUCCACAGACCAGGGUGCUUGGGGUGCAGAACCUCAGGGUGGUCGACGCUUCCAUCAUGCCCAGCGUGGUCAGUGGCAACCUGAACGCCCCCACCAUCAUGAUCGCAGAGAAAGCAGCAGACAUCAUCAAGGGGCAGCCUGCACUCUGGGACAAGGACGUCCCUGUCUACAAGCCUGGGACCCUGGCCACCCAGCGCUAGGUGGUCCCUGCCCAAGAAGCCUCCUGCCAAGCCAAGAGGGUCAGCACAGCCCCUGUCCCCUGUGCCCUUUCCUGAAACUGUCUAGAAUGUUACAGUUCAGUGGCUGAGAAUGCGAAAUUUCUUAGGCUGGGAGACCAGUAUCAGGCAGCGAAGCAGGUUCCUUUUCCCCAGCACUUUUCUGCAGGCUGCCCCCCAACCUCCUGAAGGGGCAGUAAAAGGGACUGGGGAAGGGGUCUGGCCAGUGGAGGAGGAUGGCUAACUCCAGCCACGGCCUUAUCUUAUACUCCAUGGCACUCUGCAACCCUGGGUCCUGCUCAGAUUUAAAGGAAGUGGUUCUCUCCCGGGCCUCCCUCUUAAUUAAGGCAAGACACUCUGGGAGCAGGGUGCUUUGCGCAGAGGCUGGGUGCAGGCUGGACGGCACGGGAGGCAUAGGCCUCAGGCCGCCAGCUGCUGAGGCCUGUGCCUAAGCCUCCAGCAUCUCCGUUCAGAAAGAAAGCCGCCUGCCUGAAGAAACACAGGCUUCUUUCUCUUCUGCUUCUCGUGUCCCCUCCCAGUUGGGUCACUCUGAGGCCCACCUCUCCAGUACUCUGGUUCUUAUUAAUCACAGCCCGAUUUCUGGACCUUAUUCAGAGAAGAGUCUGGAGAGUCUCUUUAUUACCAUAGGUUUCCUCAUUUAGCAUUUUAAACUAUUUUCCUGUUACCAGGGAAACCUAGAAACCUAGAGCAAACCCGACAGACCAGACCGCUGCUCCAAGCCAAAGCGGCCAGCCCAAGAGGAUGCUUUCCUGUCAGUCUGGGGAGAUGACCCGCCGUGGGCAAAGCUGGCUAAUUCGUAUUCGGCAGCCGUCCACGGGAGCAGACAGGGAUCGAGCGGAGGCUGAUGGAAGAAGCAGUCGAAUCACAUUAUACACCUGAUCCCAUGAAAAUAAAUUGGCAAAGAUUUGAGUUUGGUGGGGGAAACGAGAUACAAGUAGCAUUUAAAAUAGUUCUUUGAUCUUUAAACUUCCUAUAAUUCAAUCAUGUAAUCCAGUAACCGACCUUUGAAUGGAGAUGCCUUGGCCAGACUGUUCUUAGUAGAUAAUGAAAAAUAAAUGCAUUUUGGAUGGAUUUUUCUGAAGAUUUCCAAAGCCACCAUCUGCAGCAGGGGAGAAAAGACUUGUGCUCUGGAAACCUGCCCCGAACAAGGAGGGGAGGGAAAGGGGGCAUUCCAGCCUUUCCCCAGGAUCAGAGUAGACUGAGAUAGCUUGGAGGCUGGACAGCCACAACUUGUGUUUGUGAGAAAGACCUUCCAGAAAGAUGGGAAGAAGAAAACCAUCACACCUCUCCUUCCCUUACAAAUUUAAAGGAGCUCUGGUUUCCUCUUACCUGCCUCUUGCUUUAUUUUCUGUUCCAGGGGAGGGUCUAAGUCGGCCAAGAGAUUUCUCCUAGAAAGGUUCCCCAUCUGCCCCACAGCCGUGGUCCACAGCCACCAUCCUCGGGGUCCCCGAGCCACUUGCAGGGAUGAAAGAACAGUGGGGCAGUGUGGGAGCCAACCCCCCUGCUCAGAGGGCCAGCGAGUAGCAAGUUCAGUGGGUGGAGGGGUCCCAGGCCUGAGCGUGACCAUGUGGACCUUCUCCAGUGUGGGUAGGCCACGUGGCCCAGCCAUGCCUUUCCGCCAUCUCUCUGCGUGCUGUGGUGGUGUCAGUCUCCGGGACAGGGGCUGGUUUGCUACUGCGUCUGCAUCAUCACACAAGCAGAAUGACCUGUCGGAGGAGGUGUGACAAGCUGUACGGCCGGAUGACAUCUGGGCCCCUCCCCCACUCUUGGCCACUGAGCCUUGUUCCAUAGGAUCACAUAAUUAGCCACGUGGAGAAGUCAGUCUCAGAGAAGACGGUGCGUGUUCCAUACCCAGGCCCCAUGGAAGUCCGAGCGGAAUGCUGUGCUGCUGGGGUUCAGCCACAGGGCAGAAUAUUGGGCUUGGGUGGCUGCUUGCUGGAGCCCUGACAGGUGAAGGGCAGCCACCUGGCAGAGGGGAACUGUGGCCUGUGCCGCAACAGCGGGCUGUCUCCACGUCCCAGUGCCGUGAGGGAAGCCUGGACCUCAGAAAGAGGGCUGUUGGCUGAGGAAGCCAGAGAGGGGAGGAGAGUGCCCAUUGGGCCAGGCAGCUCUCAGGGCACCCAGACACCAGGCCGGCCCUCGGUCCUGGGAGGAAGCUUAGUUAAGCCCCUUAGCAAAGAGCUUGUGAUACUAACAGCCAGAAGUACUCUGUAAACAAUGGUUGAAAAAGUAUAACAGAGUUGUGUAUGUACCUGGAUCAGGCUCUGAGCACGGAUCCCUUCAAAGAAGCCUGUGUGUUCCAGCUGCUGCACGAGCAGAAGGUUCUUCCUGGUCCAACCGCGGACAGAAGGCACAGGCGAGGAACAGCCCGCCUCUUCUGCGGCUCAGAACCAGGAAAUGGCAGGUCCUGGAAGCCAGAUCCUGGCACCUGGAUGCGCCGUCCUUCUGCUUCCAGGGCCAACUGUGGGAAUCCUCAUUUCCAUAAAUUCAAAAGAGCCUCAUCUCCAGCCAAACCCUGUUCCUCCCCACAAAGGCUGUUUCCUGUUUCCACCAACUUAACAUCAGCUCUAAUACCUACAUCCUUUUUUCUUAAACCAGAAGAAAACGCAAGCUCUCUCCACCAGCCUUGUGUUGGGAGCCGGGCAGCCUCCCCGGUCCUUUCUCCUGCUGCCGUCCCCACAGGGUGCCUGCGAGGCCACUCUCAGACGAUGCUCCCGCGUUGGAGGCAGGGGCCCCGGGCCUGCUACCCAUUCUCCUGCCCUCUCACGUCCCCAGGAAAGAAGGCAUAUCCUUUUGGAGAAAUAAAAACUGUCAACACA